UACAAUAAUAUUAUCCCUAAUUUGUGUUUGAAUUCUGCUACAAAAACUCAAAAUUACUAUACAUAUCUAAUUUUGUCUUUUAAAAAUGGUAAUAUCAAUUAUAUCUCAUAUAUUCCUUUAAAAUCUCACUUGUCACGCAUUUAUCCAACGGUCAUGAAUGCAGCGUGCAGUUUUCCCCACAAUCCCACAAUGCACCGGAGCUAAUGCUAAAUAGCCGUUUCCAUAGAGACGCUGCUGUCUGUUUGGUUGAAGGGAUGCCACACGGAUGAAAAAAGCCUUUCAUAUCACAAAGACACGAAUUAUCUGGAGGAGAUGUCUCAACUGUCAGCUGAAGACGAGGUGGAGUUGCAGUCUCUGCUCAAGCAGCUUCUGAUAAGCGUCAACGACAGGAUCUCUGGUGCGCCGUCGACCGAAUGUGCCGAAGAGAUCCUUCUUCAUCUGGAGGAGACGGACAAGAACUUCCACAAUUAUGAGUUUGUGAAGUACCUACGCCAGUAUGUGCAAAGCUCCCUGGGGACUGUGGUGGAGGAGGAAACCAAGAACUUGACCAGAGGAGAGGGACAACAUGCGAUUGGCUCAGGUCACGACAAUUUGAUCCACGCCAUCACUCGCAGGACACGAGACUCAGCUGAGUUCCAGCAGAUGAUGCUGACCUUGAAAAACACCAUGAUCAUGGUGGUGGAGUCUUUGAUCAACAAGUUUGAGGAGGACCAGAUGAGGAAGGAGGAGCUGCAGCGCAGUCAGUCAAACAGCCAGUACAUGGACAACUGCUCUGAUAGCGACUCCUCCUUCAACCAGAGUUAUGCGUUCCUCAGACAGGAGCAGCUGCAAGUCUUGGCAGAAAAACUUGACGCCAGCAAACCCAAAGAGGUGCGCUGGCAGGCUCUGCAGGCGCUCUGCUGCGCGCCUCCCUCCGACGUGCUGAGCUGCGAGAGCUGGAGCAGCCUGCGCAGGAAGCUCUGUGCGGCUCUGACCGAGCCCGACCCCGACCUCAGCGAUAAUGUGCUGCAGUUCUUUGCUAAAAGUUUCUCCUCCUGUCCCCUGAACGUGACACGAGAGAUCUACACCAGUUUAGCUAAAAGUGUAGAGUCAAGUUUUGCGUCUCAAAAGCUGAGCUUCCCAUCAGGCUCGGCCUCCGUCGACAUUAACAGACCUGAGGUCGUUCGUCUCCUCAAACAGAUUCGACUGAUGAACGACUUUCAGAAGGAGGUGACGACCUUUUGGAUCCGUCACCCAGAGAAGUACAUGGAGGAAGUCAUCGACAGCACCUUCUCCCUCUUGUCCUUCCAUCAUGAACUCGGCUCCAACUCCUCUGGAACAGAAAAAGUCCUGGAACCAAUUCACUUACUGGCCUUACUGGAUAUUAAAGCCACCUGGUUUAACAAGUGGAUGCAUGGCUCCUACAGCAGGACUGUGGUUCUUAGACUCCUGGAGAAAAAAUACAAGUCUCUGAUCGUCGCGGCUCUUCAGUGCUGUGUCCAUUACAGCGAGUCCUGUGUGAGAGUGGAUCCCCAGCCAGCCGAGCAGCAGAGCACCGCUCAGAGAAGCGUUUACUCGGGGAAGGAGCUCGAGUACGCCGUCUUUGUCCACUCUCUGUGUUUCCUGGGAAAAGUCCUCGUCUACACCAAUGGAAGAAAACUCUUCCCAAUGAAAGUGCGGAAGCGCAAAGAUCCGGUCAGCCUCACGGACCUGGUCGUCAUCCUGAUUCACAUCAUGUACCAACACCCGCGGCCUCCGCACAGUGACCCCUCCUCCUCCUCCUCCUCCCCACACACAGACUCCCUGUCGCCCUGCAGUCUGGUGAUGGAGGUGCUGUGGGCGCUGUGUGAGAGGACAGAGUGUGCCGCCGAGUGUCUGUACCAGCCCGCCGUCAUAGAGACGCUGCUGACUCCUGUUAUAGCUCUGCUCAACGGUCAACAGGUCCAAACACAGUCACACACACACACACUCCCUGCUUUAAAAACUGCAGCGGCGUCUGCCAGAGGAAGCUCCGCCGCCCUCGUGGUCGUCCAGUUCACGCUGCGGCUGCUGAACAAGGAGCUGCCGUCGCUGAGCGAGUCCGAGGCGCCGCCCGCGCUGUGUGGGGCUUUCGUCUUCGUCUGCAGGCAGAUGUACAACACCUGCGAGGGCCUGCAGGUCCUCAUGCCCCACGGCCUGCACACGGCUGUUGCUGCCGCGUGGAAAAAGACCAGUUCCUUAUCGGACAGGACACCGACGCCAGUACCUGGAGUCACGGCUGUUGCGUCUUCUUCCCAGGAACUGCAGGAAAGGCUCAUCUGGGAAGAGACAUUGUUGGACAGCCUGCUGAACUUCGCUGCCACUCCUAAAGGCCUGCUGCUGCUCCAGCAGACGGGCGCCAUUAACGAGUGCGUCUCCUACAUGUUCUCCCGCUUCAGUAAAAAACUGCAGGUGAGCCGCUGUGAGAAGUUUGGUUACGGUGUGAUGGUGACACAGGUGGCGGCCACUGCUCCUGGUGUGGCAGCGUUGCACUCGUCAGGUUUCGUCCGGGCGCUGGUGGUUGAGCUGUGGUCGACUCUGGAGUGUGGAAGCGAGGACGUGAGGGUGGUCCGUCCCAAACCGACACCCAUGGACCCCAUCGACAGGAGCUGCCACAAGUCCUUCCUGUCCUUGGUCAACCUGCUCUCCUCGUCGCGGUCGGUGUGGGAGCUGCUGGGUCAACAGCCGUUAGCCAACAAGAGCGAGUACACCCUGAGAGAAAUGCCGACCUCCGUCCCUGAUUUGAUUGACAGGCUGAUCUCUGUGGACUCGGACGCAAAGAUUCAUUCGCUGUUCCACUACGAGCAGUCUCACACGUUUGGCCUGAGACUGCUCAGCGUGCUGUGCUGUAAUCUAGACUCGUUCCUGCUGCUGGAGAGCCAGUACAACAUCUGCUCCACGCUGCUGCGGAGUCAGAGGGAGAACGUCGCCGAGCCAGACGCAGACGACAGGACAUUCAUCAUCGACAGUUUGUCCGUGGAGAGGAAUCACGUGCUUGUUCGCGUCAGUGUGGUGGGAGGUCCAUCAGAGAGGCGGCUUCCUCCUCGAGCGCUUCAACAGGGUGACGAUCCUUAUCCGUGGCCCAUGUUUUCCAGCUACCCUCCGCCUCCCUGCUACACGCUGAAUCCACCAAAGAUCCCCCAUAACUCACAGGACUCUGAGUUUGCUGCAUUUCUGGCCUCGGCUAAAGACGCAAAGACCGAUGAGAGCUGGAUGGCGACGUGUCGCAGGCUGUACUGCAGAGUCAUGACCUCUAAACCCGCCGUCGUCACCGGACAGGUGCUGGCUGACCUCCUGGACAAGGUUGUGGCUCAUCUGUCCAGCUCCACCACAGAGUGUUUCUUCUCUCCGGCUCAGUACAAAGCGGAGGAGACGAGCGUGAAGAGCGCCGCAUUAUCGUCUGUGGAACAGCUGGGAAUCAACACAUGUCUCAGGUACGGCAGAUACCUGAGCCUCCUAAGAGACGACAGCGCUGCUGACGACGCCUUGACGCUGCUAAUGAAACACCUGAAGGUUUUCUUGUCCUCACAGAGAAUUAAAAGUUCUUCAGAGCUCGUCACUCAGCAGGAUUAUUAUUAUCCAGGACACGACUGGCUGGCCUCCACAGUUUUCCUCAUCAUGGCCGCGGACGUGGACAGAUCUCUACGUCUGCUGCUCAGCCUCUCCUCUCUGCUCACCUCUAUGUGCCUCCACUGGCUGACUCAGUGUUUUUGGAACUACCUGGACUGGACUGAAAUCUGCCACUACGUGUCCACCUGUGUGGUGAUGGGCGCCGACUACCAGGUUUACAUGUGCGUGGCCAUUUUCAAACACCUGCAGCGUGAGAUCCUGCAGCGCACGCAGUCCCAGGAGCUGCAGGUUUUCCUCAAGGAGGAGCCAAUCCAGGGAUUUAGGGUGGGCAGUUACCUGGAGUUCAUGGAGGGACUGGAGACAAAAUACAGAGACCUUGUUCUCACCGACAUGAAAACUAUACGAAACCCUGUAGGGUAGGACCAUGUUGUUUUGUGAGUGAAUUGUAAAAAAAAUGGGAAUUAGUCAAUGUCUAAUCUGUCUUAACGUCACUGCUGCUUGGUUUUGAAGAACCUGUAUGUAUCUGUUGACAUGGAAUCCUGUAAAUAAUAAGAAAAUCAUUCAAUUUCUGACACAAAACGUCACCGUACGUGUACAGUGUGUGUGUACAGUGUCUUACUGUACAUGAACGAAAACCUAAAAUUAUUCAAUCUUUGAUAAUGCUGAGGGAAAACAAUCAUGUGUACAAUUUCUUCAAAUAACUAUAAAAAAUAGCACAGCAGAGAGAAAUACAACAUGGAGACAGAAGCCUUAAAGACAUGAAGACCCUAGAAAAUAAAAGUCUUAUUUAUACCACUGUUAUUACAUCACAGAACUCUUUUUUUGGUUUUAUUUAUUUAUUCAGACGUGAUAAAAAUAACCAAAAACACAUCAAAAUAGAAAUAAAAGCAACGUGUCUUUAAAUAAACAAUAAUAUGAAGCAUUUUAUGUCCAAAAAUGACUUUUUUUAAGUAUUUUACUGAGCUGAACACUUAUUUAUUUAUCAGUACAAAGGUUUUUUUUUUUCAUAACUAAAACCAGCAGUGAUUGUCUGGAGGGUUAUUUGGAGGAUCUGGUGAAGUUAAUAGCUUUUUAUUCCACACUUCUCUCUUUGUUCCUCUCUCUCCAGUUGCCAUAGUUGUACAAAAAGAACACAGAGAGACUUUGUGCUUGUUUCCACACGAGAACAAAGACAGGAGGAUUAUGUCCCUUCAUUAAUUAAUGCACCAACUUGUUUCUUCAUUAGAGAGAAACACCAGCGCUGUAGUUUUUUUAGUCUUUUUAUUGUUCAGUAAAUCGUAGAGAAACCACCCGAAUGCUGCUGAGUACAGUGAGUUAAUCCACAGCUAAAGAUCUGAGUGCACACCAUUCUUUCUUUCUAUGUUUGUUUUUUUUUCUUUCUUUCUUUCCUUCUUUCUUAACAAACACACUUCACAAUUUGAAGAACAGUUAUUAAAAUGUACAGCGUUGCCUUGAAUAUACCUGUAUAUAGACUGUAUAUAAUAAAAUUAAACCCAAGUGACUGAAUUAAUAAGUUA